CAAAAAAAGCCGUGCUUUUGUCGUUCGCACGCUUUGUCGUUUUCGCGCAUCGGCAGGAAAAAGAGCAAAAAAAAGGAACAAAAGUGUGGUGUGGUUUGGUUUGUGCGGCCAUCAUCGAUGCGGUAGUGCAAAUUCCAUAAUCGUUCGCUUCCAUUAGUCCUCGAAGGCAUCGAAAUAUUCCCUCCGGGAAGUGCUAUUGUAGUCGGAAAGAGACUAGCUGGACGGUUGUGUGCCCUUCUGCCGUGAAAGCGGCGUGCUUGUGUUGUCCCCGCGGGAAGUGGAUUGUUUUCGCCGCCUGUCGCCACUAGGACCGUGGUCGCCAUCGAGCGUUUCUUGCUUCCGAAUCUGACGGCGAACGGUUUCAUCGGGACCACAUAACUACGUAAUUAACAGUAUUUCCGCUCCGGAUAACCCAACAGCAUGGCCAGCACCGACGUAAACAUGGAAACGGCAUCAUCGUCAUCCACGGCAGCAACGACCCCUAACGGGAACACCAGUGGCGCCGAGAACCUGGCCACUAACGCCGAGGAGAUGACUUCCCGGGAUUACUACUUCGACUCGUAUGCACAUUUCGGCAUCCACGAGGAGAUGCUCAAGGACGAAGUGCGAACGCUGACCUACCGGAAUUCCAUGUACCACAAUAAGCACCUGUUCAAGGGUAAAACCGUGCUGGACAUUGGCUGCGGUACGGGAAUCCUGUCGAUGUUUGCCGCCAAGGCCGGUGCGGCCAAGGUGAUUGCCGUCGAGUGCUCGAACAUCAUCGACUACGCACAGAAGAUCGUCGAGGCCAACAACCUGAGCCAUAUCAUCACACUGGUGAAGGGCAAGGUCGAGGAGAUCGAACUGCCCGAGGGCAUCCAGCAGGUGGACAUCAUUAUCUCCGAAUGGAUGGGAUACUGCUUGUUCUACGAGUCGAUGUUAGACACUGUCAUCUACGCUCGUGACAAGUGGCUAAAGCCGGAAACGGGCAUGAUGUUCCCGGAUCGGUGUACGCUGUUCGUGUCCGCCAUUGAGGACCGCCAGUACAAGGACGAGAAGAUCAACUGGUGGGACAACGUGUACGGUUUCAACAUGAGCUCGAUCCGGAAGGUGGCCAUCAGUGAACCGCUGGUGGAUGUAGUCGAUCCGAAACAGAUCGUCACCAGCUCGUACAUGAUCAAGGAGAUCGACCUGUACACCGUCCGGAAGGAAGAUCUGGAUUUUGAGACUCCGUUCCACCUGAUCGUGAAGCGAAACGACUUUGUUCAGGCGUUGAUCACCUAUUUCAACGUGGAGUUCACCAAGUGUCACCAGCGUUUGGGCUUCAGCACCUCUCCGGAGGCCGCCUACACCCACUGGAAGCAGACGGUGUUCUACUUUGACGAAUACCUGACCGUCAAGAAGGGCGAGGAGAUCUACGGAAUGUUCAAGAUGAAGCCGAACGCCCGCAACAAUCGGGAUUUGGACUUCUCCAUUGAUCUGCACUUCAAGGGCGAGCUUUCGCAGGUAAAUGAAAAGAACCAUUAUCGGAUGCGUUAGGAGCAUUGAGGUGGCAAUAUGUGGACGAUCCUAACAAUUCUUUUAAAAUUAAGAAAAAUCCUAUUUAGUAGAACAAACCUAUUUCGACUUGAUAUCAUUCAAUGACCCACCCGUACAGGAUACAAAAUUUACAAAAAAAAAGAAGCUUAGAAGUCUUAUUUAGGAGCGAAAUUUUACUAUGUUUUAUAUGAGUUGACGUUUCGCUCGCGAAAAUCUCAUCAUAAAGUGAUUUUCUCACCAUUCUACGCCAUUCAACCAAACAAUAUGUCAAGAAGGUAGGGCUAGUAGCAGAUAAGGAACAGGAUACCGUAUUUAAAUCCAUUAGGCAUUUGAAUGAAGUAGAGCUCACUCUUGAACAAGAAUAUGUUAAAACCUUUUUUUAAGCAUUAAAACAUUGUAGACUAACUCUAACCAAGAACGUCUGAAUCCAUAAUUAAACCCAAUAGAAAUCAACGUCAAUGUUGACCGAAAGGGAUACUCUCACAAAUAAAAAGAAAGGUCAACCAUGUACAUCGACAAUGCCCUAUUGGUUCUUACUAUGCGAGAAAAAAGCACGGUCAACUAUGACCGAUGAAACGCCAACCACAACGUCAGUCCAAGUAGGCGUACCAGUGAACGAACCCGUAUCUAAUAACCGUAUCUAUACUCGCGCGUGUCAUAGUUAUGCAUUAAUUACAAAAAGGGCGUCACUUGCGCGCGCAUUACCACACAGUGAUUGCGAUCUGUAUCGCAUGAUUGCGACAUUCAAAAUAUAUAUCCCGGUACAGUAUCAGGAGA